AUGAAAAAGCUGUCUAAGCAUGAUAGUUUUGGACAGGUUUACGAAAACUAUAAGGAACGGUUGCAAGAAGUGUUGUCACUCCUGCCUUACGGAAGUGUUAUCCCUUAUCUCGGGGAUCGACAAAGGUAUUUUGGUGACAACCAACGGGAUCAUUUCGCAAGUGGGAAUACAAAAUUUUCCUAUCGCAGGUCAAAUUGUCUCCGUAGUAGUCCAGUAGAUCAUUCUAUGAAGUACGAACAACCUUCUAAUAGAACUAGGUGCGGAUCAUCGGUCUCUCCACACGAGCGGUCACAUCAAUCAUCUGAUCGCAGACGAACUUUCAUUACUAGUUCUCCCGAUGACUCAAAGAUAUCUGGUAACUUGAUUUGUUCACAUAGUAAUCGGAACUCACACCAUGGGAAAUCCGAUGCAAAAAAUGUGCAGAGCGAGGAUAGGUCAAGUCUUCUAUCUCACAGAAGGCAUCAGCAUAAUCAAAUUCCUAUCACAUUAAAGUCAUCUCGUUACUUAUCUCAUACUGAAGGAAAAUCUAAUCUUAAUUCCCGUACACACGUAGAUCAGUCAAACUUACGUAGCAGGGGGCAGCUUCUUGAAGAAACAGAUGAUAUCAGUAGCGGUUCAUUUUCCUCAGACUUUACAAAUGAUGAUAGCUUUUUUGAAACUUCUUUAAAACAUAGCAACACCAGUUCAGAGUGCUCAGCACCAACGUCUAAAUUACCGUCACAUGUGAUUCGUGACCAUGUUUUGAACAUCGAUAAACGAAAAAAUGUAGAUACUGAUUUUUCUCAAAAAUGUUCCCGCUCAAAUCAUUAUGAGAUAGAAUCCCUUGAUGAAUCUUCCUACUCAUCAAGUAAGAAAUAUACUCAGAAGGCAAGAGAAAGUGUAAGUCCUCAUUCUCGAGUUGCCUCAACGCGAUUGUCUGUUGUUAGGUCUCGAACAUCAUCUCAACACCGCUCUCAUUGGGCUAUUGAUAGGAAUUCGAAUCUCAGGCAGAGUAGUCAGGAAUGUCUUGAAGAAAAUACUGACCAAAAGCACAGUAAUACUAGUUUCCAUUCACGAGCCCGAACGUUACUGAAACUCCCAGAUGCUGAUUCUUCGAGUCCAAAUUACUCCUCAACAAAGUCUAAGCGGAUUAUGCUUUCGAAAGUUGCGUCGACAUACAGGGAUGUUGAAUAUUCUGGACGAGCAAACACUUCUACCAUAAGUCCCAUAUCACCCGAUGAUGCACCAUAUAAUGAAUCAGAGGAGGCUUAUGGACGUAUUACUAACAGCGCCUGUUCUGAUAUUCCAAUUGGAGUUAAGUCUCAUGAUACUCUUACAAAACUUGAAAUGGAAAGAGCGAAAUUACUGAGAGAACUUUCUCUAUUAAAUAAUGAAGUAAUUGGUGGAAGCAGAGGAAAAACAGGCAGCGUUACAAUAAAUUUGGGUAAUUCCAAUAGAAAGCGCGCCCCGUCCUCCUUGUUUGUAAAUGAUAUUCCUUCACCAAAGUUAAAGUGCGUCGAAAAUAGCAGUAAAUGCGAGUUAGUAUCCAUUCAAAGUCCUACGCUCACGAGUGAUAAUUUGAUGAGUCCUGGAUUUCGGGAAUCUGUUUCCAGCUCUCAUUCUAUUAGACUAAUGACAGCUUCACACGAUUCUAAUUCUGAAAUUUCUGGUUCUAAACAGGGUGUUGUUGAUAAGAAUGUUUUCGCUUUGGCAGUUGAUAACCAUCUGAAUACCAGUGAUGUUGCGUCAUCCAGUCGGCGAAACCAUUUAUCAAAAACUGCGCAAGGUCAUGAUUUUCAAAAUAUACAUAGUAAUUCUAGAUCCGAAACUAUGUUUCCUGCUAUCGUCACUGAUGGUUUAAAUAUGUCGGGCAGUCGGCAACCUGCUUUAAUAACAUCAUCUCCAAGGAUGGUCAUUGCACCCGAAUCCACAUCACCGAUGAUACACAUUUCACCUCCUAGUUCACCAAUGAUAAUGGGUAAAUCAUCGUAUGCUUCAACACUAGGCACUUCUCUUUCGUCUUCUGUUUUGACUGCUUCAACUUCCGGAUCUAUCAUAUCUUCUCUUGCAAACUCUUCUAGUAGAGAUCCGCGUUUGGCUUUUCAUCAUACUCAGCUCUCCGAUGAUGUUCCUCCACCUCCUCCGGAAACUUUCAAAUUACCUUUGUGGGUCGAUACCUCACCUCAUACAGAGAUUAUGAUUUCCAAUUCACUAACAAGUUCUGUCGCGAGAACACAAUCUCCUCGCUUCUCAAAAUUUCUUUGCGAUGUUGAAUCUGAUGUCUCUAUUCAGGACCCAAGCGGAUGUUCACUAGAUGAGCGUAUUCGACUAUUGGAUGUUCAACUUAUGAAGUCGGAAAAGGCUAGACCUACCGUAGAUUAUAGUAAAUUUCGCAUCAGACGUAAAGCAGAAUCCAACUCAACUCCUCAAUCCACCCAAAUUAAUAAUCCAACGCAGUGUACUACUGGUGUGUCUGUUCCUUCUUGUACACCUCACUCACCUGUUUUGACUUCGACAUAUUCGAUUACCACUCGCUGCGAACUUGGAGCUAUAGACAUGAUUAAUUCUAGCCUACCUGUUUCUUGUACAUCUAAUAUUGGGUCGACUUCUCCCAUUCUCUCUAAUUCAACACUUUUAAAUCUGGUCAAACCAGCUGAUACCUCGGAGUUUGUCAAAAGUAUGCUCUCGUUCUCUAAGCCAUCUCCUUCGACACCUUGUGAUACAUCCAACAAUAUGUUCUCAAACGAAAUAGCAACUACUAAUCGACAUACAGUUUCAAUUCCAUUAUGUCAGAACUCGUUUCUCACACGUUUGCCUCGAUCAUGUGUUAGUAAUAGUUUAUCAGCAACCACUUUUAUCCAAUCAUCUGUUUCUUCCUGCGGGAAACAAAAAAGUCCAAAUAACAAUCGUAUUCACUCUAAUGUUUGUAAUGUGGAGCAUAGUUCAUUGUCUGGGGCUCAACCUGUUGGUGUGGCCACUAGGAUGCCAUCAGUAAAGCCUUUUUGUGGGUCAGAUGUUUUAAAACCUGAAGAUAAUUUGGUAGGAAAAGGUGACACUAAAUUCAACACGUUAAAAGAAAGUGUCGAUUACGUUGAGAAGUGUGAACCUGUGAUUUUAUCUAAUUCACUCAAUAACACCUCAACAGAGUUUAACGCUAAUCUUCCGUCUUAUGUUAACGAUAAUCAAAAGUGUGUUGAUGUGUCCAAUAAAGUUGGUGUACAUGGUGUUUCCCCUCUUUUGGGAUCAUCUAAUGAUUUUUAUAAAACCAGUCAAAAAACACCAACUUACCAAACCAUUACUUGUCAAAAGUCUUCACCUCGAGACGAUUUUGUAAGUAGUAAUAGAUGUAAACCGACCUCCCUCUUGAAUAUACCACUUGCAAAUGUAAAGAAAACACAAAAACAUGAUCCUGCGAAGCCUAUCUUGGAUGACUUUGUCUUUCAGAAUUCUUUGGUUGGUAGUAUACCUAAAAAUAACCAACUCAAAAAGCCGCACCCUGAUACACCUAGUUCAAUAUUACCUACAAAACGAAAACCAUCUACUACUUCUGAAUCGAAAGAAAUAAUACCAGCCUCUAAUGCAGACAAGACAGUGUCGGGGAACAUAUCACUGACUAAAAGAUCAGCAUCUGAAAGCAGUCUCAAAAAGCAUUCUGUUCCAAAUAACAAACUCCAAUUGACUACUGACGGUAACCAGUCUGUAUUCAGCUCUAACAAUCGUUCUUUGUUUUGUCCUGAGAAAAAACCCGUUUCACCUCAUUCUAAGAAAAGAAAAAGUGUCCGGGACUUCAAGAAGAAAGUUAUUGAUAGUGAGGAUUCUGAUUGGGAGCCGAACACAAUUACUAGUUCUCAACAUCAGUCGGGCGAAUUACUUGACCCAGAUUCCUCAUCAGAGUCUCGCUACGAAUCGAUGUAUGAUAAGAUUAAGCGCAGAACUAACCAAAGUACAGCAAAAUCCAUUGACUCUCUUGUGAAGCCAGAUGUUUUCCAGCGUUUAUUAAAGAACAAAAGUAAGGAACCUAAAAAACCGAAUUCGCAGAAGUCUCUAGUUGAUUCCGAUACAGAUGAAUGUUUGAGCGAUGGUUCAUCAAUUCACUCUGGUGAUGCUUCUAAUUCAGCUACUAAACGCACAACAAAGACAAAUUCUUUAUCGAAUGAAAUAGGAUCAAAAUCUGUGAAGCACAAAGUCCCAACUACUAGUAGAGCUAAAUCACAAGCCAUCUCUUCUGUGUCACCUAAACGGAAGAAAAUUGUCACCGACUCCGAAUUGUCUUUAUUAAAGGAACCUUCACAUAAAGCUAGAGGUCGAAAGGCGAAGAAAUCUAACAUUUCCAACAAAGCACAGUCACUGACUGCUCAGGUACGACGUAAUCAUAAGAGCAGUGAACAGCAAGGGCCUGUAACUACUUUGAAUUACCGAUCAAUUACUCGUCGCAAGAAACCUUGCGUACAAGAAAAAAAUGUUCCCGCAGAUGAAAACGAUGGUAAAGUUAUUUCGGGGCGCGUAAAUUUAACAGGUCGGUCGAAGACACAAAAACAGAAAGCUAUCUCAGCUGUAAACAAACAGCUUCUUUCUAUAAAGAAUACACGUCGUAGUCUAGUUCAUCGUGUAUUUGCUUCUACAGACUCAUCUUCGCUUUCAUCUGUAAUAUCUGAAUCUUCUGAUGACGACUUGUCUAAUAACCAGGUUCCUGAUUUGUCCGUCAAAGAGGAAGUAAGUGCGACGGAAAUUACCCAAGAGAGCAAUUAUCAACCUAUCAAAUCCAAGUCUCCCACGCUUCAACUUAGUCGUUCUUGUAGUCCCGAAGAUCUGCGGGCAGAUGCAGCAAUACGUCAUACUUUCGGAGCUUUCACUGCACCAUUUAUUUGUUUUAAAACUGAUCCAUCGCAUACUCCAGCUAUCGGGCACAAUGCUCCUCAAAGUACAGAUGUAAAUGUAAAGUUUUCACCAAGUUCUGAGGAUUCAAAGCCGACACCUCCCACACUCCCAAUGACUGAUUCAAGUUUCAGUGGUGAUCAACAGUCUAAUGGUAUCUCUGCUGCCAAAUUAAAAAAUCGCGAUCACAGUGAUUGGAACAUAUUUUCUUCGUUAGCCAAACAGUCAACUCCAAUAAAAGAUGAUAAUAUACACCAAAAUUUAUCUUCGGCUUCUGGGCUUGCCGCUGAAAGUAAUGAAAUUCCAGUAAAUUCUACUGCCGAAACUUCGUAUGAUACAGAAGAUGAGUUGCCAUCGUUAGAGAAACAUGAUGAUGAUGAAGUAAGCAUUCCGUAUGAAUCAUCUAUUUUACUCCAUGAAAGUGAUAGUCUUAAUAAUCGUGCUGAAAGCUUGAAUGGAUAUAAUGAUGACGAUUUACCUCCUCCAGUAGUCUCGGAUAUUGAUCACCAACUCAGCUAUUCAGAUAUGCCUGCAGUUGUGGGGACUGUCCCAGAUAUUAUAGAAGAAGUUAUUUACGACGGUUUGGAAGUGGCUGUUCAAGACGAAAGUCAUCCUGCAAUAAAUAAAUCUUCGUUGUCUGGUUCUUCUCCUAAUGUGAUAGAAUCAACCGUAAAAACAGGAUUAGAUCAACCUUUAGUGGACAUAACUGACUCUCUUCAUAUUGAUCUAAGUAGUGUGACUAAUAAUUUUUCUCCAAACGUGUUAUCGCCAAUUACUCUUCCUGUUAUCACUUCGUCGUCAAGCAGCGUGUCUGUCCAACCAACUGUAUUUACACCCGUCUCUGCGCUACAUGUUACCUCACAACCUUCUGAAGUACAGACUAUGAAUCAAUCCAUGUUGGUAACCAUCUCUUCGGUGUCCUCUACUAAUUUAAGUCCAUCUAACAGUGCACUAUGUACUGAUGAAGAAGCUUCCAUAUCACAACGUUGUUCAUCUGUACAAUCUAGUCUCAAUUCUAAACCUCAACAUCACAUUGCUGUCGUACUACCAACAACCACCUUAUCGUCUCCGGGAAGUUCAAUUGUAACUGUGUCUUCUCUCAUGCCAGAAUCUUCUACCAAUGUGACCACCACUUCAUCUGUUAUUAAGUUGGAAAGUUCCCCAUUAUCAAUAACUUGUUCAUCCACAACUGCUUUAAAUGGUCAACAGUUACAAAACGUGACUUCUCAUCCACCAACUACUGGAAUUACUAACCCUAUUGCUGUUGCUGCUUCAUUAGAUAAUACUGCUCCUACAUCUCAUACUUGUUUAUCAUCAGUUUCUCAGUCCUGUAAUACAACCUUUGAUCCAUCUGAUUACACUUCGUAUGUCCAGCGUGUAAUUGAACGUGUAAAACAAGAAAAAGAUGAAGAAAUAUUACAGCAAAGAGAGAAAAUGAGACGUCCUAAAAGAAAUACUUCUGUUUCAACGCCUUCUAUGGCAACAUCUACAACUACGAAUCACAUUAAUACUUCUGCUACUGUCAACUGUUCUGGAGUUUUAUCCCCAACACCUAUAAAUCUACUAAAUGUAGCUCCUAUUCCAACUGCUGAUGUACUUAAACCACCAGUUGUGGUUAACAUUGAUGAUAAAAAUGCGACAAUUCCUAUGUGUGUUGCAAAUAACUCAAUCGUUGUUCAAGACUCAUUCUCCCGUAUUGUUAAGAACGUAAACAGUCCGAAUCCUCAAUCCGCUAACAUUUCAGAACCACCCAUUACAUCUUCGCACUCUCAGCAACUCGUUGUAAGUGCCUCCACCGAACAAAAUCUUUACGUGCUUGGAUGUAAUAACUUGACUGAUGACAUUCAUUCACGAGAUCCAGUCGAUGAAACGAUCGAAGCUGUUGUAAAUGGAGAGUUUGACGAGAAAGAAUAUGUACUGAAGUUAUCGAAGGGCAACUUUACUCCUAAUGGCCAUUGUCAUACCUUAUCCGGUAGCAUUGGUUCUCCUUCCAGUCAUCCUGAUAUUUUCACAUGGGUACCUGAUGAUUCUGCAAUAAAAAGCGAUUAUCACCAAUCUGGUGUUUCAGAGGCUGUUUGUACGCGAUCUAAUAGCUCUGCUGUCAACAUCUGUGUUGACUCUUCGUCCACCUUGUCUGUUAGCAAGGAGAUUACUGAUUCUAUUAUUUCAAUGAAUCAUUCUUCAGCAGUUUUAACGCCUAUGCAUGUAUUGACGUUUGUCGCAGCUGGUGCGGCAACAUCGACGUCCCAACUUGUACCCACUUCCACCGCAAUAAGUCCUAAUGUUUCGUCCCAAUCAUCAUCCAACCUACCGACUUCUACGCAUAAUUUACCAUCGAUUUCCAAUCCAUCUAGUUCUACUUUGGAUAAUAUUGGUAGUAUGACUCCGCUUGCACCAUAUACACCUAUCCUGAAUUCUUCUAAUUCACUGCCUACCGAUUCAACUAAUACUCGGAUUGAAGAGUUUGCAGCUCGAUUUGCUAAUAAUCCUUUUACGACGUAUUUCUAUUCUUUGUUAACACAAAAACAGCUUAGUCCAUCUCUUAGCCCAUCGAUCUCUUCUGCUGAUUCUAUCUGUCAGCGUUCAAGUGACAAUAUAUCGUUGCCAAUAUGUUCAUCUACAAAACUAAAAAAUCUGUCUAUUCCAAAUGCGUCUGUUAGUGGAGACACAGCGGACUAUCUAGCUGCAGCAACUAUGGCUGCUAUGGCCGCUAUGACUGGACCAACUCAAGAUAUGACUUCGUUUGGUCAAAGUGUGGCAUCUGUAUCUUAUUCUGAUUCGAAACCGAUAUCAUCUGAUAACCAGUUUCUGCAUAUGUCAACUGCACAUUUAGGAAUACAAGAAUAUUCAGUUAUUUGGCGAGGACGUCUUUCCCUGAAAAAUGAAGAGGUUUUUGUUAAUAUGCAUUAUGUUAGUGGUAAUCAAGAUCUACUGAAAAGCUGUAUGGGUGUUAUAACAGAACAACAAGUAGCUCUUAGCAACAUUGCUACAAGUUCUAGUUCGUUGGGGUCGUGUAUGACAGGGGAUUCUAUCGGGCCUCCACAUCAACCUUUAAAGAUUGUGCAACGAAUGCGUUUAGAAGCUUCUCAACUUGAAGGGGUUCAGAGGAAAUUGCGACAACUAAAUGAUUUUUGUAUGUGCCUUACCUUAGCAUCUGCUCCUCCACUAACACCUGAUGCUUCGUUGAAUAAUGAACAAAUACGGAUGAACAGAAUACUGUGUGAUGGAUUUAUCAAAUACAUGCUUGAAAAGGGUGCCGCUGGAAUAAUAAAUGUUUGUCAUCCAUGCACUCAACAAAACUUGUAUGUCAUCCAUAUAUUUCCUCCCUGUGAAUUUUCACGUUGCCAGCUACAAGCAUGUGCUCCUGCUCUUUAUCACAGUUUAGCGGAAAAUUCCAUACCUCACGUAUUAACUGUGAUCACAACAGUAUGACCAUGAUGCAUUUAACUCCCGAUUUGUUUCCUCAUUUGGCUUUGAAAUGUCCUUUUAUCACUUUGUUCAAUAUAAUGGACCAAGUUUAAUUCCGAUAAAUGAACUAAUCAACGGGUGUCUCAGUUAGUGCCUGUCUAUCGAAAUCUAUAUUUCUCUUCUCUCAGACCUUGUGGCAGCCAAUAAACUUGAAGUAAAUCCUUCUCUGAAAUUAUUUGUCCCCUGGCAUAUUCAUGUUUAUUAUGUUUAGUCUGCCUGUUUCUUGGUUUGAGUAGCAUAAUGCAAAUAUUCUGCCCGAAUUUUCACCUGAUAAGGAUAUGUUGUUCUAAAUCAUAAUAAGGAUAGAUAAAAUUUUAAUCGCCUAUCCAAAGUUACGCACUAACUGUGAUUCUCUAUUUUAUUUGACCUUAUUUUCAAAAUGUCACUGAUUGUAUAUAUAAUGUAUAUGUUUGUGUGUGUGUGUUCAUGAUCCC